AUGGUAGGAUUAAAAAAAGGAAGUGUGGAAAAAAUGACAAGAAGAUAUUGGAACAUUAAUUUGAAAGAGAUGAUAGAAGCAGGAGUUCAUUUUGGUCAUGGUAUUAAGAAAUGGAAUCCUAAAAUGGCCCCUUACAUUUCGGCAAAGCGUAAAGGUACUCAUAUUAUAAAUCUCGCUAGAACGGCUCGUUUUUUAUCAGAAGCUUGUGAUUUAGUUUUUGAUGUAGCAAGUCAGGGAAAAAGUUUCUUAAUUGUUGGUACCAAAAAAAGAGCAACAGAUUUAGUAGCAUGUCUAAUUCUAAAUUAG